CGGAGGGGAGUGGGUUGAAUGUUGUCAGAUCAGAUGAUACACAUUCACAUUGUGCACCUAAAAGAAUUUGAGGGUUAAGCGUCAGAUCUCUGUUUACUUUUGUCAAAUUGGCGUCAAACUACGUUAAAUAUUUAGGAGAAAAUGCCGGCGCCAGUUUUAAUUGACGUUAACCUUAAAGAUGUGCUGACUGCUUCGAUGUGCUCUCAUCUUGCCAUUGAAUUUUUUAAACAUAUUGCCUAUCAAAGACAGCAGCUUCCAUUUCCCUACAAACAGCUUCAGUCUGUCAUAAGAAGGAAAGACACUUUAGAAACUAAUGCGGACGAUCAGCCUGUUGAUAACACGUCAGGUAGGACGAUUCAUCGGAGUUGUCAAGUUGUUCAAGCAGAGACUGAAUUUAAGAAAGUGAAGGCAAUAAUGGAGUCAAUGCAAACAGCAUUUCAGUGCCUCGAAGAAGAAAUUUGUAACGCAAAUGGUAUGGUUGAGGAGGUGGCAAUGAUUCUUGGUGCCACUCCACUUAGCCCUAGAGAUGUCUAUAGAUUCCAGUAUCCUCCUCUCCUUCAUGGUCAUCUUGAUUCUAAGCAUCCACAUCAAAGCAGUUUGCUGGAGCUUUUUAGAUGUUUAAUAUCAUCAGAGCAGCUCCAUACUUUCUUUAAUCAGCCCUUAUCACCUACAAAUAUGUAUUUAUUCUUACGUAAGAAUAAUACAGAUCUUGUCUCAUGUGGGUUCUCUCCUAAGGAGCGGUACAAUAUUCCCAUGAGUGGGAAGCAUGCUAUAAUUAGAUUGAUGCCACCUACUAGUUUGCCCAAGUGUAUUUGUGGAGGUACUAACAUAUUCAGUGACAAACCUAAAGAUCAGAAUGACUCGCAUGUUGAACACGUCAUCGAAUCCAAACCUGAUGAGCCUCAAGGUUUAUUGUGGUUCCAAGCACAUCAUACCUUAAAAGGGUUUAAAGAUGUCAAGAUUAAUGGUACUUCCGUAUCUACAGUUUGGUUGCAAUCCAGAUGACAUUAGAUUUCAAAUGCCUUCCAUGGGAUUUGUGAUAAAUUUCUUCUUAUCUCUUAUUUGAAGAAAAAUUUUUGAGUGUUUCUGAAUCAAGCUUAACACAUCAUAAAUGGUAUGCUGUUGUAUUUUCUACUCUUUAUUUUUUUGAAAACCUUUUCUUAUUUUAAGUGUUGGUUUUCUGUAACUUAUUUUUUUUAUUACUUUCCUCUCAAUUUGUUAUGGGUGGUUCCACCAUCUUCUGUGAGACUGAACUGUGAAUGUAUUCAACUUAUUUUGCCAUCCUAUUCAACUUUUAUUCUUUACCCAGGCAAAUUUUAGUAUUUAUUUGGACUUGUUAAAACUGUUCCUUGACAGUUCUAUCAAUUAUAAUGUUAAUAAAUUCUGACGAUGUGGUUAUCAAA